CUAGAAUUGUUACAUUGAAUUAAAAUAAUAGGAAAAGAAGAGGCUCCAGUUAGGCAAUUAGGCUUUGGUCCCAUCCAAUCGCAACCAGGAAAUGGAUGUGGUUCCUUAUCCAGUAACACCCCCAAACCUCAUUUCUCUGCCACAUGAACCCUCCCAAACACAGAAACCAUAGCAAAAAGAAACCCAGAUUAUUGAUUAUUAAUAAUGGAAGCCAUAUUCGUCACCAAACCCGCUUCCCAUUCUCUCCUCUUAACUAAACUCUCUCCGAAUCCCAAACACUUGUUCCCUCCACACCAACAAUCCUUUCACAACAUCCGCCACAAACCCACGCGCUUCCGCCCCGUCAUCGCUGUUUUCCAAAACCAACAUCAACAAGAUGCAGCUGCAGCUUCCAACCACACCGAAGAUGAGUCCUACGGCGAAGUCAAAGGCAUCAUUGGAAGCAGAGCCUUGGAAGCCGCCACCGGAAUGGAGUACCUCAUCGAGUGGAACGACGGCCACGCGCCGUCCUGGGUUCCCGCCGACUUCAUAGCCAAAGACGUCGUCGCCGAGUACGAAACUCCCUGGUGGACUGCCGCCAAGAAAGCCGACGAGUCCGCGUUGAAAAACUUAAUCGAAUCCGACGACGGCCGCGACGUCGACGCCGUUGACGCCGACGGCCGCACUGCGCUCCUCUUCGUCGCCGGACUCGGCUCGGAGUCCUGCGUGAAGCUGCUAGCGGAGGCCGGCGCUAAUCUGGACCACCGAGACCGGAGCGGCGGCCUCGCGGCUCUGCACAUGGCGGCGGGGUACGUCAGGCCCGGCGUGGCGAAGGUUCUCUUGGAUCUCGGCGCGGAUCCCGAGGUGGCGGACGACCGCGGGAGAACGGCGUUGGAUCUGGCGAGGGAGAUUCUGAAGGUGACGCCGAAGGGGAAUCCGAUGCAGUUCGGACGCAGGAUUGGACUGGAAGGUGUGAUUAGGGUUUUGGAAGGGGCAGUGUUCGAGUACGCGGAGGUGCAGGAGAUUCUGGAACGGAGAGGAAAGGGUGAGAAUUUGGAGUAUCUUGUGCGGUGGAAGGACGGUGGUGCCAACGAGUGGGUGAAGGCGAAGUUUGUGGCGGAGGAUUUGGUGAAAGACUACGAGGCUGGCCUCGAGUACGCCGUCGCUGAGGCGGUGCUCGCGAAAAGGGUAGCGGAUGAAGGGACGCCGGAGUUUUUGGUUAAAUGGGCCGAUUUGGAGGAGCCCACAUGGGAGCCCGAGGAGAAUGUGGACCCAGAGCUUGUCAAAGCUUUCGAGGGAAGUAACAACCAGGCCCAGCCCAGUAGUAAUGGGCCCGCUGUGGUCUUUUCCAAUCAGGAUAGCCCUAGCCUGUGAUUUUUCAUAGUUUGUUUGGACUGGGAUUUUGUUGCAAAAUUUCGGGAGCAAAUUAAUUAAUAAUUGUUUUGUACCAAAUCAAGUUGUGGACAUGAAAAAGCUAAUCAAAUCCAAUACAUAUUUUCCUCCUGGUUUUAGAUCGUA